AUGAAUAUUUAUAAAAGGUGUUCAUUUCUGCCAAAAUUCUCCAUUCAUAUAGAAACCAAGUAUGAGGACAACAAAGGAAGCAACAACAGCAUUUUUGACAAUGAAGCCAAAGACCUAGAGAGAGAAGUUUGCUUUAUUGAUAUUGCCUGCGAUGAAAUUCCAGAACGUUACUACAAAGAAUCUGAGGAUCCUAAACACUUCAAGUCAGAGAAGACAGGGCGUGGACAUUUAAGGGAAGGCUGGAGAGACAAUCAUCAGCCUAUUAUGUGCUCCUACAAGCUGGUGACCGUGAAGUUCGAGGUGUGGGGGCUUCAGACCAGAGUGGAACAAUUUGUACACAAGGUGGUCCGAGAUAUUCUGCUGAUUGGACAUAGGCAGGCUUUCGCAUGGGUCGAUGAGUGGUAUGACAUGACAAUGGAUGAAGUUCGAGAAUUUGAACGUGCCACUCAGGAAGCCACCAACAAGAAAAUCGGCGUUUUCCCCCCUGCAAUUUCUAUCUCGAGCAUUCCCCUGCUGCCUUCCUCCGUCCGCAGCGCCCCUUCUAGCGCUCCGUCCACCCCUCUGUCCACAGACGCACCCGAGUUUCUUUCCGUUCCCAAAGAUCGGCCCCGGAAAAAGUCUGCCCCAGAAACUCUCACACUUCCAGACCCCGAAAAAAAAGCCACCCUGAAUUUACCUGGCGUACCCUCUUCAGAUAAGCCAUGCCGGCCCAAAUCAGAGUAACUUCAUAGGAAAAUGUCAUGGGGUUUUAUAUUUUCAUUUUCAGGGUCGGUUAUAUGUUUUUUUGUGUUUAUUUUAUUUUGUUUUUUAAAGGACCUUCUAUAGAAAAAGACUGCUUUGUCACUCAAACAUGUUUCUUCAAUCUCUAAGUGUGCAUGUGGUUAAGUAAUUUCACACAUAAUAUGAGUCCCUCAAUAUGCCACACAGCGUCAUGUUAGAUGCAAAAUGUAAGACAUGCAAAGGACAAAAGGCACCUUCCAUAGCCAUAGCUGCAGCCAGGGAGGGAGCCUUAUUAUUGGGCAUUUGAUGAUGUUGGUAUGGACUUUAAGGGUAAAUGAAAACUUUGCACCACUGUGUUACAAGGUGUGGUAAAUUAGUAAGUCAGUUUCCUCUCAUCAAAACUGAAAUUCUCAAAAAUAUUCUCAGGCAUAACAUACCUAAUUCUUAAAUUUUGAACUCAUCACCAAUACUUGAAUACAAUUAGUCACUAAGAUUCCUACUUCAAUUAGCCUGACUCAGGAUUUGGGGCCUAAUUAACACAAAAAUUUUUUGAAAGUUUUAAUUAUCAACCCAUAGAGGCUCCAAGUGCAAUUAAUGAUAACUUAUUUAUACCUUUCACAGAAUUUAAUAAAGAUUACACAUUCCCGUCUUUUAAUAACUUUCCCCUUUAUGCCCCUGUGGCCUCAGAAAUCUUAAGAAUUGCCUGGGUGAAUGUGACCCUCACUGGCAGAUUUUGGAAGGGUUGAGUUAGAAACCGAGAGGCCCAGGUACGACAAACAUCAUCUUUCUAUAGAGGUACCAACAAACCUUAACUUGUCAGCUUCCAUCAUCAUGAAGGUUCUCAAAAUUUGCAAUUAGAAUUCAUUGACUACUUGCCCAUUCAAAGAAGUUCAAGGGUAGAGUAAGUUCAAGACUAACUGGACUUGAACUCUGUCAUAAUGUCUAGUUUGGGGAAACCCUAAAAAAGAGAUUUGUCUCUCAUUUUCUUCCUCGUUUUACUUUUAAUAACAUCCAGACCUCCUGGAACUGAUUGCCCAUUACCAGACCUUAGAAAAGACUGUUAUUCUCUUACUCUUCAUGUGAAACCCAGGUAUUGAGAAUGUCACAGAAGUCAAGUAAAUACUGUCAAGUGGGAGGAGAGAGUGAAGAGAGCUGUUGACUCUCACUUGUAGAGUAAAAAGGAGAGAUAGAAGAUGCCCUCUGUCUAGCUUUCUUUUUGGCAAGCAUUGCUAAGGCAAGAUUAGAUUCAGGGUUGACAAGAGGCGAGAUCAUUCACCAGUGGCAGAAAGAGAACUCUCCUUUGAUCUUAAGAGGGAAAACCUGCCACCUUCGCACCUCACUGCCUUUAAACGCAGAAGGAAGGGCAAGCAGAAUCUAGCGUGUAUUUGUGUCCUCCAUGAGAGGAAGAUAGCAAGGUAAUUGGGCAACUCUAAGCCCCAGCUAGCCUUCCUUACCGUGACCUCCAACCUCAGGAAAGGGACCUUCCCAAAACAGAUUCCAAAGGAAACACAUAGACCAAGGAGCAUGUUCUCCUCAUAGCCUCUCAGCCGGUGGACCCUCCUGCCGCUCUAAGUGCUCAGCACUCUGCACUGUGUCUUUCUAGUGGAUAAACCCAAGGUGCAGGCGCUGGCCCCGUGAGCCCAGCACCAAGUAAGUGUAAGUCAUACAUCAGACUGUCGAGCUCAUUGUUUUUAUCUACAGGUUGAUAUUUAGCUCAAAAAUAAUUAAAUAAACCCAGAACUCCAGGGAAACUAGUUUCAAAUAGCUUAGAUCAACAGUACAUCCCCACUAAGAAUGAUAGCAUUAUAGUAAGACACCCUUGCAUGGUAUGGUAGCAUGAUGUUUGCUUGUGGGAAAACAAUCUUUUACAAACCCCUUGGACUUCCCAACAGCUCCUUCUCCACAGUACUUACUGAGAAUGUUUGGCUUUAGGAAGCAAAAUUCUGUUUUCACAAGGCAGUAAUAGUGUGUAUGUAUUUGCUUACCAUUUAUUUGCAAGCUGGUCAAGAGGGGAUGGGAUCAUUUUCUAAUAGAACCAGUUUUGUGCAGGUGGUUGACACAUCUGACACCUAGUGUUUCCAUUUAUACCAUUGCUGUUUGUAAAGUAGCUUCUGCUAUCAAGGCCAGCAAUUCUAUAUGCUUUAGAAAGCUAAUUUCUGAUUUCCUUCUGUGAGUUUUCUUUUAUAGCCAGUACGAUGCCACACAUAUUAAUUACAAACUGCUGAGGUAAGUUUGGUUUUUUAGCCAUCAAAUGUGUGUGCUCCUAAAAUAUGUUCAGUUUUCUGUCUACUUGUGGUUUGUGUGCAUUUAACAAGGGGGGAGGGGUGCGUAUAUUCCUUUAGCUACUUUGAAUGUUUAAUCCAGCCAUCACCAGUGUGAGUAGUUAUAUUUUAUCUAUCUUGGUUUUCAAGUGUCAUUUUACAUUUUCUCCACACAUGCUUUUUUUAUUGUGGGGUACUAGCCUGCAAUGAAUGUGUAUAUAGAAUAUUAAUAAUUCCUAUAAGAAUGGAAAUUAAAUGGCUGCAUGAUGGAAACUUAGAAGAAAAAAAAAAAGCAGAAACUUGAAUUCCUUAAGCAUGUUUUGGGAAAAAUAGAAUCUUUAAUUCAGUGCCUCUGUCUGCAAUGUGGAAAUCUUCAACUUUGUUCACCAAAAUUGUAUUAUACCUGUAUAUAUAUAUACAUAUAUAAAUAUACUGAGUCGGACACCACCAGUUUGAAGUCUCUGGUAGCCCAAUUAAUAGUCCACAGAAGAACAGGUGUGCACACCAUCCUCACCCAAUGUUUGUGAAGAGCACGACGAUGACUUUGGAUGGGUUCCGAGUAUGACAUGCACUGUGCUUUCGGCGGCUGCCAAGCAGCGUGGUGGCUUUGACUGCUUUUCCACGAUAAGAAGGCCUUGGUGUUUUUACUGCAUAAACUUUGUCAGAAGUUAGCUCUGAAGACCAUUUCAUUUUUUUACUUUUGGACUGUCAUGAAGCAAAGCAAAGGAGGCUGUGACAUGUUUCAGCCGCCACCAUUACAACAGACACGAUACGUGUUUGUUGGUGAACGAAUUUAUAAACGCUUCCAUUAUGGUUUUGCAUCUGUGUGGGAGGAAUGGUUUUAAUAUACUUGGAAGUAUUUGUUAGCCAUGUUUUGGGUUGUGAAAAGAAAUUUCUAAGCACAGUUGUGGUUGUAUGAUGCGGGCACAUAAACCCAAGACCCCAAAAGUAAUUGUGGUUUUCUGUCAAGACAUUAUGAUAAAUGGCACCCUAAGAGUAGAUUUGGAUACUUCACAAGAAAUCAUUUUUAUGUGAAAAUUUCAAGGCUGAUGUAUUUAUGUGUAUUUUUAAAUUCUACUUUCCUUAGCAUCUCUACACAGCUCAGAGACAACAAGUCACUGGCUGGUUUCAGUCAAAAGGAAUUUUACUUUUCAGAAGGGCGGGAGUAUGAUUUACAUAAAAUGUAUGAUCAGAUAAUUCAAUAGACAAGAAUUGUCUAAAUCAGAAAGUUUUAGUCCCUUUCUGAUCAUCUGACUUGGUAAGCUAGGCAGCAAUCUGCCAUCUUAGGUUAAAAAAUAAAUAAAUCUGUCCAGUGACUGUAGCUGGUCGUGGAUAGACUAUUUAAAACAACUCUUAUUGGGACUGAAAUGUUACACAAUUGCACAGCACUGGCAUGCUGAGGCAACGCAGGUUCUUCUGUGUUCUACCUUCAAAACAAUCUGUUUGCAUUUGAAAUGUAAGUGUUUAAGCUUUUUAGGAGUUAGUGCAAUAAGAGAAUAUGAAUACGCUGAGAGCUUUUCAGAUGUCAUUAAUUGUAAUUUCACUGUUAAUAAAUCUUUUAGGAUGUUUUUGCUUAAAAUUGAAAGCAUGUCUUGAAUUGCAAGUCCCCCGUCAGUUUCUACGUAUUACCAAGAAGAGGUUCUCGAGUUGACGUCACACCUAUGUCCCUUCUAUGUAGCUUCAAGUGUAAUUUUUAGUGUUUACAUUUCAAGCUGGGAUCUUGAUUAGUUAAAUGAGUCAAUACACCACCUCCACUGCUGAAGGACCAAGUUCUGGAAUGCACAGUGUUAUAGACUCCAAGCAAAGCAAACAAAAGGUGACCUUCACACAUGCCAUCCUUCUGUGUCAUUUUAUGGCUGUUUUGUGGGGUUUUUUCCCAGUUAUUUAUUAUUGUUAAUAACUUACUUUUUCUUACAUUCUGUUGUAAAUAAAGUAC